GCGCGGUUUCAGUCGCAUCGUGAAACCCGCCGCAUACACACGGAAUCGCGCGCAAGUCGAGUGAAUGAAAUCGCGUCCAAACCGAGGCAAAGGCGAAAUAUCAAACACUAAUUAAUUGCGAGGCCAAUUCGAAGCGAGGCGGUCUCCUUAGCGGAACCCUGCAGCGGUGGAUAGGAAGAAAUAAGUGGAAAGUUUUGUAACACACAAAAAACCAGCAAAAAUGCCUAAGCCCCUGCUCAACUCCUGCUGCCUGUGCCAGUCCACCCGGAAUGGCUCCGUCAUUUCCGGUGUCCUGGCCAUCAUCCUGUCGAUCAUCACCAUCAUUGUGAUCUUCACGACGCGAGUGCAUUUCAAGACGAUCGUCUUUGAUUUUAUUCCCAAUGACAUUGUAAAGAUAAUACUCGUCAUCAAUCUGUGCAUGACCAUCCUGAUAUCACUGCUCAUGAUUGCCGGUGUCCUCAAGCGCAACCACUAUCUCAUGGUGCCUUGGGUGGUGCUGGGAAUUAUGAUUGCGAUCGGCCUGCUGAUCUCCGUCAUCUACACGGGCGUCGUCUUCUUCAUCGAUGGCUAUGUGCUGACGGGCGUCCUCUGGCUGAUCUUCGGAUUACUUUGUUGCGCAAUCCUUACUUACUGCUGGUGCGUGGUGUACAGCGAGUACGCCAACCUGUCCGAGGAGAACGAGCGCGGUCGGUACAACAAGCAGCCGUACCGCCGCUAAAGAUAACGAUCGGCGGAUCCAAAGGAUCAGCAUUUUUCACCACCAUUUGCAUUCUAGAAGCAGACCCUCAUACCCACAACACCCUCAUCUUCUUAGCUGCUUAUGUUCGUAUUUAGUGACUACGUCUAACUAAUAAUUGUAAUUUAAUUAAUUGAGGCCAGAGAGAAGCCAGUCCUUCGCUCACAUCGAAUUUACGCGGCCCGCGGCAGUAAGUGCAAUGGAAUAAUGUAUUUAACAUUUAAAUAAAACUUUAAUCCAGA